GCCCAUCAAGAGAGGUAUUCAGGUACACCAGAUCAACGCUGAUUGCUCAAGAGCCCCUUCAGAGGGGGACCCAUUCCACAGGAGAGACAAUUGAGGCUGGCAUUUGCUCAGGACAGCAAGGCAGGCGCGAAGGCCCCACCGCUUUCAGGGAGCGAGGAAGGCAGGGCCCCGGAGGGCACUGAUCUGUGGACAGCAAUGAACCCCCAGGCCAAGCGGCCCCGGAGUCGGCGCGGGAGACAUCCUCCGGCUGUCGAGUUGGACCCUGUAGUGGAGAGUUCAGAGGAGGUGGAAGCGGCUACAGAGAGCCCCAAGCCGGGCCCCCAGGAGACCCCCCAGGAGAGCCCUGGAGAGUCGGAGCCACCGAGUCUCUCUGCAGAGGCUGGGGGGCAGGACGCCGGGGGCAGAACGGACCCGGCGCUUGAUGAAGACGCUGGAGGAAGACUGGCCCCAGCCCUUGAGGGCCCCCCGGAACCUGCCGAGGAAACCCACCAAGCCUCAGAGGCAGCCCCACAGGGUGGGGAGCGCGCCCUCCCCCCGGCCGACCCCGCUGGCGUGUUCCAGACCCUUCAGCAAGCUCUGAGCAGCCUGGAGGCAGCAGCUGCUGUGUGGCGCCAGCAGGCCCCCAGCUGCCUGGGGCUGGUGGAGGCAGAGGGCUGGGGGUCAGCAGGGCCACGGACGGGGUUGCAGGGGGCUGGGAGAGGGCAUCGGGAGGCAGCCCGCCUGACAGAGAGGAACGCCUGGCUGCAGUUGGCCCUGGGCAGCCGCAAGGCAGAGCUGGCCCGCACGCAGGCCUCCCUGCAGGCCAUCCAGGCCGAGAAGGAGACACUGCAGAAGGAGGUCCAGGAGCUGCAGGAUUCUCUGCUGAGACUCAAGCCCUUCCCACCUCCCUCUCCCAGCAGAGUGGGCAGCUUGGGCAGUGGCUCCAGCAGCCCUGGGCCAGAUGGAGAGCCCUGGGGGGCUCAGGACCCCUUCCCCCUGCCUCACCCUCUGCUCCGGCGCUUCAGGAGCAACUCCAGCACUGAAAUCCUCGGACCUGGACCGCCCUCCUCCCAGCCCCUUGCCCCUGAGAUGCACAUUAUGGAAGCCCAACUUGACCAGCUCCGGGGGCACAUCGAGAAGCUCAAAUGCUUCAACCGGCUGCUGUCAGCCGUGCUGCAGGGCUACAAGAGCCGCUGCGAGGGUCUCAGCAUGCAGCUGCACCAACGGGAGGCCCAGGCCACAGCCCUGCACCUGGCCUUGCAUUACAGUGAGCACUGUGAGGAGGCCUGGGGGGCCUUGCUUGCGCUACGGCAGGCUGCCCAGGCCACAGCAGAAGGCGCUGCCGUGGGUGACCUGCAGGCCGCUGAGAAGAUGGUCUGGAGACUGCUGGCAAAUGAGGAGGCCGCACUGGCUGGAGGAGCACCGGGGGAGGUGCAGCCGAGCCCGCAGGGUAGCAGCGUGGACAGACCCACGUUGCAGGAAAUGACCGCGCAGCUCCGAGGCUAUAUCCAGCAUCUCCAGGAGUACCGAGCUCUGGUGAAGAUUCCCCCGGAGCCCGGCCCCACCCUGGAGCCCGUACCCAAUGUGCCCCGGGCUGAAGCCAUGCUGCCGACCAUGAUGGGGGCCCAGACUGGUCCCCCUCUGCCCCGGUUGGAGAAGACGCAGAUCCAGCAGAGCCGAGAGGCUGCACGGGAGAUCCUGGCAGACCUGACACUGCAGCUACAGCUGGCACGCCGGGAGAAGCGGGGACUGGAAUUGCGAGAGGCCACCCUGCGAACUGUGGGACCUGCUCACCUGCUUCUGCUGCAGCAGCUGCGCUGGGAGCAGACCCAGCUCCGGGCUGGUGGGGAGGGCAGCAGCGGUGGAGAUGGCAGUGGAAGCGGGAGCAGCGGGGACGAGGAGGAGUGGCCCCAGGGCCCUCUUGCAGUCCGUGGCGGCACUGGAGGCACUGAUGGAGGUGCGGUGGGCAGAGCGCGGGACCCAGGGGAACGGGCCCGGGAGCUGCAGGCGUCACUAAUCCGGGCUGAGGACCUGCGGGGGCAGCUGCGGGAUCUUCGGGAAGAGCUGGAACAGGUGGCUCAGAAGGCCCGAGCCAGGCACGCUCACAGUGCCAAGCUGAACCGUGACUUGUGCAGAGCUCACAGGGCCCUCGUCCUGGCCUUCCGAGGCGCCCAUCGGAAGCAGGAGCAGCAGCAGCGGUCGCUGGAGCAGCAGGUGGCGUUCAUGGAGGCCCGGCAGGCAGAGGAGCUGGCCCUGCUGGACGCCACUGCACGGGCUUUGGGAAGGCCCCGGCGGGCCCACCAGCUGCCCCAGCUAGGGGAGACCCUUCUGUAGGCCCUUCUGAAGUGGGGUCGUGUCUGGAGGCACCGCAGAGUGGUGGCUGGUGGCAUUAUAAACUCCUUCGAAUGUC